CAGAACAAAGAAGCAGUUAAUGGUGUUAUACGAGCUGCAUAGGCGCAGUGGUGCGUCUGUGUACAACAUAAACUUCAGUCAAAAACUAAACCUUGUUGAUUUAGAUAGCAGUCAUACUGCUCACUCCUACUCCGUCCUACAUCAUUACCGCCGCAUAACAUCCGUUACAUUACUAACAUUGCGUUAUUUUACUUUUGCACUCCAGGAGAAAAUGCCUGGGGUCUUGAUUUUACUUGUAACUUUGAUCUUUUCUGUAUCAUCUUUCAUAUAUGCAGAGAACGAGAAGGGAAUAUCCACUGUUAAAGGUCAUGCUACUAUUCUCUUCUGUGGAUCAGACCUGGACAAUAAAUUCUCAACAUUUAUUUGGACUAAAGAUAACCACACUUUAGAACCAAGCUCACGUAUUCAAAUGCAAGGCCAUUUAUUGUGGAUUUUAAACACUACAUCAUCCGACGGUGGCCUUUAUGUAUGCCGAAGCACCAACUCAACUUGCAGCAUGGAAAAGCAAGUGUUUCUGUUUGUUGAGGCCGGACCUUGUCCAAGUCCCGAUGCCACAAAGCUGGCACUGGAGGAAACCAGCAUCACCCUUUCCUGUGCUGAAGAAUAUGUUCCAGUUCUGGGCCAGAGAUUGCAAGUGCAGUGGUGGAAGGACUGCAUGUCAACAGGCAUACAAGGCAGUGAAUUCAGUCUUUUUAAUGUAUCCAUGAGCAACAACGGCAACUACACCUGUCUGGUCAGCUUUAGAUAUGAAGACAAAAACUACACAGCAUCUCACACCUUUGAGCUCGCAGUGAUAAUGAAAGAGCCUGUGAAUAAACCUAAGGUAAUACAGCCUCGUAACCAGACUCUGCAUGUCAAGCCAGGUGUGGAAAUCAAAUUGGAAUGCAUUGUAUUCAUUGGUUUUGGAGAGGACUCAGUGCUUGAAACCUCUGCGUACUGGACAAUAAAUCAUUCUUACACUGAGAGCUACCCAGAGCUUCAGCAGAACCUGACCACAGAGAUGAGAGAGAAUUCUGGGCUGUAUGGCAAUUUAACAUUGUUCAUUCCUAAAGUUUUGCCUGAAUUCUUCGGUGUACCUUUUCACUGUAACAUUUUAAGUCCCAGUGGAGGGGACACGGGUCAGGUGUGGCUCAGCCAAGAUACCAACCACAUAUGGCUGAUUAUCAUUCCGUUUCUCAUAUUAGCAGCUGUUGUGUGUGCUGUCCUACUGAAUUUCUUUAAAAUAGACCUAAUUCUAGCCUAUCGUCAUCUUUGUGCCAAAGGCAAAGCCACUCAAGAGGGGAGCCUAUACAAUGCGUAUGUGUUGUAUCUCCACGGCAAAAGUCCUGGUUCCUCUACAGCAGAGGACUUGGCCCUGAGGAUCUUACCUGGGAUGCUGGAGCAGCAGCAUAACCUCAAACUGUUCAUACAAGGCCGUGACACAGACACAGAAGUGAGUAUUGCCAGAAUAUCUGAUGUGCUGAGCCAGAGCAAGGCGGUGGUGCUCAUCCUCCCAGGCAAUAAUGGAGAAGAGAAUUUGGUUCCACUAAGUAAAGAGCAAAACAGGCUUGAAGACUCACAACUCUCAGUCCUUUUUUCUGACAUCGCUCACUCCAGCGUCCCACUCCUUCUGGUAGAGAGUGAGGAGAAUGCUGAUUAUUUGCUGCUGCCAGAGUCUAUCCAGUCCAUCAUUAAAAAGGAGAGAGUACUGAAGUGGAAGCCGACAGUGCAACCCAAUGGUCGCUUCUGGAAGCAGCUCAGAUAUCACAUGACCUGAGAACAUGCCUCUGAAUAACAGCAUGCAAUAAUAAUUUUUUUUUUUUAAAAAACUCACACUGUAAAAUUAUGCUACGCUAAUAUACUGUACCUUUGCUUAAACUAUGCUAUACCUUUUCACCAUGUAACAAUCUAUAUCAUUUAAAUUAUUUCACACUUGCAUUGCCACUGUACUCUUACACAUUGUAACCUUUAAACAGAUACUGUACUAUGAUACAGUUAUCAUGCUAUAAAGUCUUCAUACAGUUCCACCUCUAAUAGAAAUAUUGCUACUGAUCAGAAUCUAGACACUGACCAGAAAGAAAUUCAGUGUUACCCAAGAACCUAGAAAUGUAAACCAGAAGCUUCUGUUUUGCUUCCUUCUUUCUCUUUCUGUCCAAACAUUUCACGCUACAGUGAAUAAAAACAGAUGUCAGAGCUCCUUUGUAUUACAUUAAA